CCAUAUAGUAAGUGAUUGGUAAUUAUUCGUUACUUGUCAGCCGGCAAGCGGCGCAAGCGCAUACUUGAAAUUUAUAUCAAUGUAUUGAAAAGCGAAUAAUAUAAAUUAUUUAUUAGCCACUUUUAGAAACUGUUCAUAAAUUGGUUGAACGAUGAGGUCAGGAAUCUCACUGUUUUUUCUUCUAAAUGCGGUGUGUGUGUAUAAAAUACACGUAAAUGGUUCAGUGACUCGGGAGGACUAUGGGGAAGUGAAGCUUUUCCAGAGUACGGAUACUUACGACGUGGAGACCACUGUGAUGCUCAAUGAAGUCUCUCGCAGCGAUAAGGAGGUGGCCUAUAAAAUCAAAGCGACGCUAUUAGUUGACCCUGUCUGGAAAGAUUCUCAAGACACUGAAUUUCUAUUAAAGUUUGAGCUGAAGUCUCCCCAUCUGCUGUCUAGGGGCAAGCAUGUAAAUGCAGAUUUCUUGCCCCAUAAAUCUAUCUGGGACUCUUACCCGCUCUCUACAUUUUAUGCACACUGGAAUAAAGGCUUCAUAAAAUCGUCAUAUUUGGACCUCAACGAGCUGACAGACAUUGUAAACUUUAAAAGAUCUCUUAUUAGUUUAUUUCAGUUUCAAGUACUCGAUGGAGAAACAAAUGAAACAGACAUCUCUGGGACUUGCCAAGUGCUUUAUGAGAGUGUUUCUGCUAAUGUCAUCAGAAAGAUAAAGAGAGGGUGCGAGGACUGGGGCGGAGCCGGAGCGACGCGGCGCGUGACGCGGUACACGCUGGACGCGGCGGGCGUGCGCGAGCUGCACGCCGAGGAGGUGCACUCGGCGGGCGGGCUGAAGGCGCGCGCGUGGAGCCGCCUGCAGCGCGCGCGCUCGCGGCCCGCCGCGCCCGCCUCGCCCGCCUCGCCCGCCUCGGACCUGGACAACGCGAUGUCGGCGGGCGAGGCGCUGUGGGGCGCGGGCGCGGGCGGCUCGGCGGCGGCGGCGCACGCCGCGCUGCGCGUGCUGCCCGCGCUCUGCGCCGCGCCCGAGCCGCGCCUGGCGCGCCUGCUGCACGCCCAGACCGACCCGGACGCGCUGCGCGCGCUAGUCGGCGCGCUGGGGUCGUGCGGGUCGGCGGGCGCGCACGGCGCCGUGAGCGCGCUGCUGCAGCUGGCGCCGCGCGGCGCGGCCGCGGACGCGCCCGCCGUGCCCGGCCUGGCGCACGAGUAUCUCGCCGCGCUCGCGCUUGCGCCGCACCCUGAGGAGAGCGUCGUGGAGGAGGUGGUGAAGCUGAGCGCGUGGCCGAGCGGCGACGCGGAGGGCGAGGGGGGCGAGGCGGGCGAGGCGGGCGAGGCGCGCGAGCUGGCGCGCAGCGCGCUGCUGAGCGCCGCCGCGGCCGCGCGCCGCCUGCCGCCCGCCGCGCGCGCCGCCCGCCGCCUGGCGCCGCGCCUGCACGACGCGCUGCGCGCCUGCGCGGAUGACUCGUGCCGGUUAGCGCACGUGAUGGCGCUCGGCAACCUGGCGAGCGAGGAGUCGCUGGAGGCGCUGCUGCAGCAGGCGGAGCGUGGCGCGGCGGGCGUGGCCGCGGCCGCGCUGGCGGCGCUGGAGCGGCUGCCGGCGGCCGCGCUGCUGCGGGCCGGCGCGCUGCGGCGCCUGCAGCGGCUGGCGCUGGCCGGCCGCCCGCUGCCCGCGCGCGCCGCCGCGCUCGACCUGCUGCUGCGCCUCAGCGCGCCCGCGCCCUUCCACCUGCCGCGCCUCGCCUUCCUGCUGCACGAGCGCGGCCCGGCCGAGCUGCGCCGCGUGCUGUGGCAGCGCCUGCGCGCGCUGGCCGCCGCGCACGAGCCGGUGGCGCUGCUGCUGCGCAUGCUGCGGCGGGAGCUGGGCGCCUGGCCCGCCGAGCUGGCGCCGGGCACGUCGUCGGUGCUGACGCGGCCGGCGGGCGCGGCGCCGGCGGGCGCGGCGCGCGGCUGGCGGGCCGAGCUGGACUCGGUGCAGCUGGCCAGCCGAGGCGUGCUGCGUCGCGGCGUAGUGCGCCUCCUCGCCGUGGCCCCGGACAACUCCACGGACGACACGCUUACCGUGGAGCUGCAAGCCAGCGGGCUGGAGACAUUCGCCGGCGGCGCCGAGGACGCGGGGGGUGCGGAGGGAGACGCGGAGGAGGUCGGCGCCGUGCUUAUGUUGAGCGUGGCCGGUGUGCGUAUGCCGCCCAUAACCCUGUUCGAAGGACAAGCGCAGCUGCUGCGGCUGGUGUGGGCGGGCGCGGGCAGCGAGCCCACGCCGGCGCUGCGCGCGCUGCGGGCGCUGCCGCGCGCCGCCGGCGCCGCGCGCCUGCUGGACGGGCGUAAAGAGGUAAUCAGACUAGGCCUACGAUGCGAGCCUUUAAUUUUUUUGGAAGAGAGCUUUGGUAGAGGGCGGCGCGGGCGCGGGGCGCGGGGCGCGGGCGCGGGGGCGCGGCUACUCGUCGGGCGCGCCGAGCGCGCGGCAGGCGGCGUCGUUGAGCGCGCCCAGCGACAGCGUGCGGCCGGGCGCGAGCGCGGCGGCGCGCCGCAGCCGGCGCACGCCGCGCCCGUCCGCGCCGAGCGUGGCGUUGAGCGCGAGGCGCGCGCGCCACGCCGCGGGCUCGAGGCGCGGCCGCACGCACAGCGCCACGCCGUCGUAGAAGUCCAGGUCGGCGGCGAUGCGCAGGCGCGGCUCGAGCGAGUGGCGCUCGGCGGCGCGCAGGCGGCCCCACGCGGCCGCCGCCAGCGCCUCGCCCUCCAGCGCCACGCCGGCGCGCAGCUCCAGCGCCGCGCGCGCGCUGCGCGACCACAGCGACACCUGCGCGUGCGCGUCGAGCGCGAGCGCGGCGGCGGCGCGGCGGCGCGUGCGCAGCGCGGCGCCGUCCAGCAGGCGCGCGGCGCCGGCGGCGCCGCGCGCGCGGCGCUGGAGCUGCGCGCCGGCGUGGCGCUGGAGGGCGAGGCGCUGGCGGCGGCCGCGUGGGGCCGCCUGCGCGCCGCCGAGCGCCACUCGCUCGAGCCGCGCCUGCGCAUCGCCGCCGACCUGGACUUCUACGACGGCGUGGCGCUGUGCGUGCGGCCGCGCCUCGAGCCCGCGGCGUGGCGCGCGCGCCUCGCGCUCAACGCCACGCUCGGCGCGGACGGGCGCGGCGUGCGCCGGCUGCGGCGCGCCGCCGCGCUCGCGCCCGGCCGCACGCUGUCGCUGGGCGCGCUCAACGACGCCGCCUGCCGCGCGCUCGGCGCGCCCGACGAGUAG